GAUCACGCGCACCGUUCUGCCCCCACCCCCCACCGCACCCCCGGAGGACUAGGACUCGCGUGAAUCUCCCCCUCCUCUCCUCUACCUUUCGCCACGCACACCAUGCUUAGAGCCCAUUUACUGCCGUCUUUGCACGAGCCGCACACCUCGGUCCCGCCCCACACCGGCCCACGCGGUCCCCUCAGAGGAGACGGCUUCAGCACCGGGACAGCUCCUUCUCGUCUGACGACAACAUGGCGUCCGAGUUCCACAACCUUCAGGAACUGUGUCCCAGUGCGUCUCUGGCCACUAAAGUUUUCAUCCAGAGGGACUACAGUGACGGAACCAGCUGCAAGUUCCAGACCAAGUUUCCCUCGGAACUAGAGAGCAGGAUAGAACGCUCCCUGUUGGAAGAAACGGUUAAGACACUGAACAGCUUCUACAGGGAGGCGGAGCGAAUAAGUAGCCACGCCUACUUGGAGAGCUGCCUCGCCUGUGCCACCGCCUACAUCAUCUACCUCUGUCUGGACACACGCUACGAGAAGGUGCUGAAGAAGAUCUCUGGCUACAUCCAGGAACAGAAUGAGAAGAUCUACGCCCCCCGUGGCCUUCUCAUUACAGACCCCGUUGAGAGAGGCAUGAGAGUGAUUGAGAUCUGUGUGUUUGAGGACCGUUGUUCCAGCGGGAGCUCGAGCAGCUGCAGUGGCAGUGGCAGUCCUGCAGGGGGCAGCGUGCGGUGACUGGAGGAGCAGCGCCGGGACGUCGGCUACGGGGGGGCGGGGCCAGCCAGCAUCCGCAUGCUGAAGCACGAGAGCACACGAUUCUGAACACCACACACACACACACACCAUUCUGAACACACACACACACAUGAUUCUGAACACCACACACACAUACCAUUCUGACCACACACACACACACACACACACACACACACAUGAUUCUGAACACCACACACACGCCAUUCUGACCACACACACCAUUCUGAACACUACACACACACACAUGAGAAACACCUCAUCACAUCUAACAAAUAGACACACCUCAUAUGACACCCUGACACACACACACACACAUCUCUGUGACUACUGUAGUGCUCUUCUGUGUUCCAGGGCCCCAUAUUUCACCUGUCCAUUACGCAUCCUGGUGCUGCUGACAUUAACUUCUCAACACACACACACAAACACUGUACAGUGCGGUGUGUGUGUGUGUUUGUUGCCGUAAAACUUUGUGAUCACAUGAAACAGUCAACACUGUGUGUUGACUAGAUUCUGUGUUUGACACAAGAGUGUGUGUUCAUCUGAGAGUGUGUUGUCUGUGUUUACAUACGACUGUGUAUGUGUGUUUACAUACGCUGUGAUGCGAGACAGUAUCCUACCCUGGACUGUGAUAUUUAUACUGUAUUCAGACUGAUGUCGCAUGUAAAGGUCUGUUAGUGAGUGUGUGAGCCGAUAAAAUAUGUCUUGAAUCUGAGUGGCCUGUGGGGUAAAGGCACAACAUACUGCCAACAGUUUGUCUAGGCCAGGUAUGUAUGUGUGUGUGUGUGUGUGUGUGUGUAUAAAUGCAUGUGAAUGUGCUUGUCUAUGGUCAGUUGGAGGAUGACCAGAAAGUCACUCGGUAUUAUACAAAAGCUAUAUUUAUUUGAUUAUGUGUGUGUAUGUGUCCUUGGGGAGGGGCAAAGGCCGAGACUGAAGUGCAGUGAAGUUUUUUGAAGUCUGGCAAACACACACACACACAUACAAACACAUAAACAUACACACACACAAACAGAAAGAGAGUUUUAGAAUGCUCAGAGGGAUGCAAGCUCCAUGGCAACUCUUUGUAAGGACCGUUUACAUGCCAGACUUUUCUAAAUCUGAUAUCUUUCCUAAAUAUGUAUUCUACGCUCUAUUUAUCUAUUUAUACAAAUGUAUUUUAAACUAUUUAUUUAUGUAAUCUCUUUAUAUCUUAAAUAUGCUGCCUGUAUCUGCAUCGUUGGGUGGAAGGGAUGUCAUGUCUUCCUGUGUGUGUGUGUGUGUGUGUGGGUGAGGUGCAGCCUCCUUAGAUUGCAUGGGAUUCUGACACUGCAACCACACACACACACACGUCUGAUAUCAUUAUGUGUUCACUGAAAUCUUCAGAUAAUCUUCCUCUCUGAGGUCAUUUCCUGUUCUCUGAGGUCAUUUCCUGUUCUAGCGUCAUUGUGGUGCUGCAGAGAUGAAAAGUAAAGAUGGACUGAAACAG